AUGGGAAUUGCUUUUAGAAAAGCAAGAAAGUAUCGGUUUGAUCGUCACCGUCCCCCAGCCUUUGAGGGUACUGCCGAUCCUGUAGUUCUCGAAGGUUGGUUGCAUGAGAUAGAAAAACUCUUUGACGCAACUGGCUGCCCGGAUGCUGAAAAGGUAGCUAUUGGCUCGUAUUACCUGAAGAAAGAGGCUGACAACUGGUGGGGUAUGGUCAAAGCUGAAUGUCUUGCUACCACUGGCUUUGGGUGGGAACAGUUCUCCACGAAGUUGAAGGAGAAAUUCUAUCCGGACGAGUUGAGGUGGCUGGAAAGAGAAGAGUUUCUCUCUCUGGAACAGGGUUUUAUGUCAGUGCAAGCAUAUACUAACAAGUUCACAGAGUUGUCUCGUUUUGCUGUUGUUUUGAUCCCUUCUAAAGCUGAGAAAGUGAGAUUGUAUGUGAGGAGGUUAGAUGCUCGGAUUAAGGUACCAGUGAUGUGUUCAGGUGCUGCUACUUUCCAGAGGGCUUAUGAAGUUGCCCUUAGUGCUUAUGCUGCAGUUAAGGAGGAAGAAGCUCCUAGGCGUGCUCUCAUAGUCAAGACGCCCCCUCCCUCAUUUAAUACUACAAACCCCUCCAAGAAGUCUAAGCUUAUUCCUGCAAAGAAGGAGAGUACCUCUAAUUCUAGACUGAAGAAGUGUUUUAAGUGCCAGAAAGAUUGGCACCCUGGCAAAAAGGUUUCGCUGUCAAGUGUUUCUAUUGCAAUGGUGAGGGUCACCGUUCGUACUCUUACCCUAAGAAUUCUGAUGCAGGUAAGACAAUUACUGGUGGUAAUGCCCCUCUCCGCAACAGGGUUUAUAAUAUGA